AUGUUGAGGCCACUGCCCGGACAGGCCGGCCGCAGACUGGCCACGACGGGCUCCCUCGAUCCUGGACUGCGCCCUGACGGCACGAGAGAGUACUUCUACGACAUCAACCACCACGGCGAGCUCUUUCUCUCUGCGACAAAGAUCAAGCACUUCACUUCCAAGCUCAAGUCAGCAGACUUUCUAGACUUCUUCUUCCGCCGACUGAGACCUCUGAUUGGCAAUCCCGCUCGCAUCUCGAGCACCCUCGGGACAUAUGACACGAGCGAGAUCGAAAGACGCAAGAGAGAGGGUUAUCGCUUCGUCUCGCCUUGUGGCAAAGAGCUCAAUUGGAUCAAAGUCGACCCUCUCUGCACGCCCGUUGUCUACCAAGACCUGGAUACCAGCACAUCUGCAUUGAGCUGGGCUGGCUCAUUCGAGACCUCGUUUGAAGCCGACAAGCUACGCGUCGAUCCGCGCUCGGGCUACCUCUUCCACCCCUCUCCGCCCGACAAUGUCAAAGCUUACGGGGCAUACUGCCUCUUGCGGAGCUCUCUCGUACUCAACAAGCUGGCCGAUAGCCUCACUUACGACGAGCACGGCAAUGGCGAGCUGCUGUACCGAGGUCGAAAGCAUGCAAUCAAGCCUCUCGGAACGGAUGACGCGAUCAAAGGCGCUUGA